GAGGCGGCACCAGGAAGCGCCCGCCCCAGCCGGAGCCGCCAUGUAACCGGCGCCGCCCGGAGCCCGAGCCGCGCGCCGGCCCCCUCCCCCCUAGCGACCCGCGCGCCAUGGGGGACGAGGACGAGGAGGAGGGCUGCGCCGUGGAGAUGCAAAUCACGGAAGCCAACCUGACGGGGCACGAGGAGAAGGUGAGCGUGGAGAACUUCGAGCUACUCAAGGUGCUGGGCACGGGAGCCUAUGGGAAGGUGUUCCUGGUCCGGAAGGCGGAUGGGCAUGACGCGGGAAAGCUGUAUGCCAUGAAGGUGCUGCGCAAGGCGGCGCUGGUGCAGCGCUCCAAGACGCAGGAGCACACGCGAACUGAGCGCUCGGUGCUGGAGCUGGUGCGCCAGGCACCCUUCCUGGUCACACUGCACUAUGCCUUCCAGACCGACGCCAAGCUGCACCUCAUCCUGGACUAUGUGAGCGGUGGCGAGAUGUUCACCCACCUGUACCAGCGCCAGUACUUCAAGGAGGCUGAGGUGCGCGUGUAUGGCGGGGAGAUCGUGCUGGCGCUGGAUCACCUACACAAGCUGGGCAUCGUCUACCGGGAUCUGAAGCUGGAGAACGUGCUGCUGGACGCGGACGGCCACAUUGUGCUCACGGACUUUGGGCUCAGCAAGGAGUUCCUCACGGAGGAGAAAGAACGCACCUUCUCCUUCUGUGGCACCAUCGAGUACAUGGCACCUGAGAUCAUCCGUAGCAAGGCGGGCCACGGCAAGGCUGUGGACUGGUGGAGCCUGGGGAUCUUGCUCUUUGAGCUGCUCACAGGGGCCUCGCCCUUUACCCUGGAGGGCGAGAGGAACACACAGGCCGAAGUGUCCCGACGCAUCCUGAAGUGCUCCCCUCCCUUCCCCCCCCGGAUCGGGCCCGUGGCGCAGGACCUGCUGCAGCGGCUACUGUGCAAGGACCCCAGGAAGCGACUGGGCGCUGGGCCCCAGGGCGCACAGGAAGUCAAGAGUCACCCUUUCUUCCAGGGUUUGGACUGGGUCGCUCUGGCUGCCAGGAAGAUUCCUGCCCCGUUCCAGCCCCAGAUCCGCUCGGAGCUGGACGUGGGCAACUUUGCGGAGGAGUUCACUCGGCUGGAGCCUGUCUACUCGCCCCCUGGGAGCCCCCCGCCGGGUGACCCUCGAGUCUUCCAGGGCUACUCCUUCGUGGCACCUUCCAUCCUGUUUGAUCACAACAAUGCGGUGAUGAUGGAUGCGUUGCAAGCUCCUGGUGCUGGAGACCGGCCGGGUCGCGCUGCGGUGGCCAGGAGCGCCAUGAUGCAGGACUCGCCCUUCUUCCAGCAGUACGAGCUGGACCUGCGGGAACCGGCGCUGGGUCAGGGCAGCUUCUCCGUGUGUCGCCGCUGCCGCCAGCGCCAGAGCGGUCAGGAGUUCGCCGUCAAGAUCCUGAGCCGCAGGCUGGAGGCGAACACGCAGCGCGAAGUGGCCGCCCUGCGGCUGUGCCAGUCGCACCCCAACGUGGUGCGUCUCCACGAGGUGCACCAAGACCAGCUGCACACGUACCUGGUCCUGGAGUUGCUGCGGGGAGGUGAGCUGCUGGAGCGCAUCCGCCAGAAGCGGCACUUCAGCGAGUCGGAGGCGAGCCAAAUCCUGCGCAGCCUUGUGUCAGCCGUGAGCUUCCUGCACGAGGAGGCGGGCGUGGUGCACCGUGACCUGAAGCCCGAGAACAUCCUUUACGCGGACGACUCUCCCGGGGCCCCCGUGAAGAUCAUUGACUUUGGGUUUGCGCGGCUGCGGCCGAAAAGCCCGGCGGGGCCCAUGCAGACGCCCUGCUUCACGCUGCAGUACGCGGCCCCGGAGCUGCUGGCCCAGCAGGGUUACGACGAGUCUUGCGACCUCUGGAGCCUGGGCGUCAUUCUGUACAUGAUGCUGUCGGGGCAGGUGCCCUUCCAAGGGGCCUCAGGCCAGGGCGGGCAGAGCCAGGCGGCCGAGAUCAUGUGCAAGAUCCGAGAGGGGCGCUUCUCGCUAGACGGGGAGGCCUGGCAGGGGGUGUCGGAGGAGGCCAAGGAGCUGGUCCGAGGACUGUUGACCGUGGACCCGGCCAAGAGGCUGAAGCUGGAGGGACUGCGGGACAGCUCGUGGCUGCAGGACGGCAGCGCGCGCUCUUCGCCGCCGCUCAGGACACCUGACGUGUUGGAGUCCUCGGGGCCGGCGGUGCGCUCGGGGGUCAACGCCACGUUCAUGGCCUUCAACCGCGGCAAGCGCGAGGGCUUCUUCUUGAGGAGCGUGGAGAACGCGCCUCUGGCCAAGAGGCGGAAGCAGAAGUUGCGGAGCGCAGCCGCCUCCCGCCGGGGCUCCGCUGCACCUACCGCUAAAGGGGUCCCCCGCCGAGCCAACGGCCCCCUUUCGCCCUCCUAGCCUCCCUCCCCCUGGCCACUGGGACCCCCCCCUUUGCCCCCUGGACUGUGACCCAACUUGCUGUCCCGAGCCUUUGCCUGGGUCCCCAGGGACCACCCUGCCCGCCCUCCUUCCCUCCCAUGACAGAGCAGAAGUAUUUUUAUAAGCAGA